UUGUUAUUAGCGGCGGGGUACGGUCGAUACUCAAUACAGUAGAGGGGGAGAGAGGGUUUCAUUUAGUUAAUCACCCCGGGCACUUGCUGACGACGGAGUCCUGCUCGUCACAGACGGGCGACUGUCCUCGGCCUGCUGGUUGAGGUCCAGCAGUCAGGAGGUGCACCUCUUUCAGUGUAUGUGUGGAAACAACAUGUCUGUGCCGCUGCUUGCCGAGGCCGUGACGGUGUCUGGGAAGGAGAAAGAGACUGCAGCGGUGAUUUUCCUUCAUGGAUUGGGAGACACAGGGCACGGGUGGGCAGACACGCUGACGGGGAUCCGGCUGCCUCACGUCAAGUUUAUCUGCCCCCAUGCGCCCAGAAUCCCGGUCACUCUCAACAUGAGGGCGUCGAUGCCCGCGUGGUUCGACCUCAUGGGCCUCAGCCCGGACUCCCCCGAAGACGAAUCUGGAAUAAAGAGGGCUGCUGAAAACAUCAAGGCCAUCAUUGAGCAUGAGGCCAAAAACGGGAUCCCUCCGCAUCGCAUAAUGCUCGGCGGCUUCUCUCAGGGUGGAGCCUUGUCCUUGUACACCGCCUUGACCUGCCAGCAUCAGCUGGCUGGCGUCGUGGCCCUCAGCUGCUGGCUUCCUCUCCACAAGAGUUUCCCUUCGGCAUCAAACGGCUGCAAGAACAUCCCGAUCCUGCAGUGUCAUGGCGAGAUGGACGUCAUGAUCCCCGUGCAGUUCGGUGCCUUGACGGCAGAAAAACUCAAAUCUAUAGUCAACCCUCAGAUGAUCACCUUCAAAACUUACCCAGGGCUCUCUCACAGCUCCAGUCCUCAGGAGAUGGCAGCUGUAAAGGAAUUUAUCGAGAAGUAUUUGCCCCGAAUCUGACCUCUGACCUCAUCUCAUCCCGACUGUGACCUGCCCCCCCCCCCCACCCGAGACACUGGCCUCUCAACCCCGACCUGUCACUCUCCCACAGGAAACAGCCAUGAUUACCCCCCUCCCCAAGUACACCCACAUCCACGAGAUGACAAACACGCAUGAACACGUACUCUUACAGGAUUACUGGUGAUAAUUUGAUCUAAAACUUUUCUCGUAAUCUAAAAAACGCUUGUAAAAACAUAACAAAUGCUCACACGCAUAAAAGUCUUAGUCUUCGGAGGGUGAAAACACAGAUUCACACAUUCCCUUUUAGUUUUCAUCCUCCUGCUGCCUCAGUUUAGUUUUUUUCUUUUCCAUUUUUACCUCAUUUUGCUCUCUUUUACCAGCUUCUGUCAGCGAUGACAUCACAGCCACGCCUCCAUCACGUCUCGUCGCCGGUUUCCCAAAAACCGACGACGAGACGGGAGUCGGGGAGGAGAGCGCCAUCGUCAGGCGUGAUGCCUCCUCCUCAUCUCCACCUGCUUCUCCCCCGCAUGCGAGAUGACGCACCUCGUUUGUUUUGUUUUCGCUUUCAUUCUGGUGAAACCUUGAAGUAUCGAGCGUGAACGGCGAGUCACCGCGACUACGUUUGUGAAUACCUGGCACGACUGUGAGGGCUGAAUUUGAUUCGUGUGGAAAGCCCGUCCCAAGUCAGACCUCCAGCUCAGAAGAUUUGAGGAAGCUUCAUCCUCCUCGGAGACAUGGUGCAAGCUGCUGUGGUACUUUUCCGCCGCUCCUCCCGCGAGCGUUUCGCCACGGCGCAUGUCGACAUAAAGUACCACACGAUGUCUUGUCAUCAGCUCCUGCUGCAAACCUGGUUCUCUGACUUGUUGAUUUGACAUCUCGCGGGACGUCACAUCAUCAUAAGAAAACAAGACGCUGCAGUGGUUGGAAGCAGCUGCUUCUUUACAUCUUGAAGUUUAUUGAAGUCAUUAAUAAAUAAAAAAUACCGAGUUCAUGCUUGCAGGUUUUAUUGCCCUCACAGUAUCAAUCAUCAUUAUAAACUUGAGGUGAGAUCACAUCCCUCAUCGUUCGCUUCGCUCCGGUGCUGUAGAGAAGAAAACCUUUGGGGCUUCACCAAAAAAAAACAUUGAGGAAUAACUUUUUGCAAAGUUUUUUUCAUAAAUUUUUCGAAUGCCGUGAUCUGUCGUGCUCAGAGUCGAGACCAGCCGCCACCGGGUGCGUUGAUGUGACCGCAGCAGCUCAGAAGCUUGUCAUUUGGGAUAAGGACACUGAUUCAGUGUUUAGAUUUAUUGAUCUCAGUCUGAGAGUUAGACGCAGCGCUGACUGAUAGCUGCAGUUUUUUGAGGGUCACAUGCGUGGAAGUCAUUUUACUGAAACAUGCCCCAAUUUGAACGAUUGCUUCUUUUUUGUUUUUGACGAAUCAGAUUAAAAACCUUGAUUCAUGUGAACCAAAACCAACUGAAAUAAAAGGAAACAAGUCAAUUGAUGCUUCUGCUACCCUGUGCUUUUCUUUCAACGCUGUCGUACCUUCGUGUUUGUGAUGUCUUCCUGUGAUUCUCUAUGUAAAAGUACCUCAGUUGAUGUCUUUAUGAAGACACUGCAGGCUCGAAAGGGGGGACGACAGACCAGCACGUGCCGUGUGAACGGCUGCAGCGCUGCAGAUGGUUGCAGACCUGCACAGACUGCACAUCACCAGUCAUUUCACUGUACGUCUCACAUUCACUUCUGCUGGUCAAAUAGCAACUUCUGCACGGACGGUCCAUCAUUCGCUGCUCCAUUUCUUAUUUUAACAUCUGACAUCACACACACACGACGUCACAUAUUGUGAUUAAAACCGGUGCGUACUUUUUAUUCCACACAAAAAUUAUCAAGUUUCGUGUCUCCCUCCUUUGGCUGACUAACUGAAUAUGAAAUGUUUGAUUUGUCGUUAACCCAAUGCUGAUAUUAUUCACACAAAGUUGUUCCAACAUGACUAAAGGUUGAAAAAAAAAAGAAGUUAAAUCCUAAAUCUUAAAUAACUUUUAAUCUUCAGACAUAUGAGUAAUAAUAUAUAAGUAUCUAUGGAUCAGCUGUUCUUCACUCUCCGUGGUGAAUGUUGUCCUCCUGAUUACCCGUUUUUGCUGCGUUGCUGUUUUUCAACCUGAUUUUAUGACAAGAAUUUGAAAAGGAGGACUGACAUCUGUUUGAUUGUUGUUCACUUGUCGAUGAAUGUCUCUCAUCUUCUCGAGUUGUGUUUUUUGUUUUUGUUUUUAAAUAAUUUUGCAUCAUUUUGAAUUUCUGAUGCAGCCCUGCCUUUGAGGGGUUUUCAGUUCUUUCCCUCUCUGUCCCAGUAUUUCCUCUCGUCUCGUGCUUGUCCUUUUUGUUUUUUUUUCCUCCUGGGUUAUAUAUUGUUGAAACUUUUUCAUGUUGUGCUUCAUUUUUUGUGUGUGUUUUGUCACUGUUAUCUUAUCCUUUUUGGAUUUUUUUGCGUCUGUUUAUAAUUAUAAGCAUUAAAGAGGAUGUGUUGAGGUGAGACUGAUGGUCUCUCUGCUUAUUUUGUCUCCAAAACACCUGUUAAUGAAAUAAAUGACCCCGAAAACGAA